CACGCAAACAACCUCACAACUCCGUUCCGAUCCAACGUCCGCAGGAGACCACGUUCACACAUUUUCCCGGCAACACCCAACAGUCCCAGCCCACCGCAGACACCAGGCAAACCCGCAGCAGCCGCCAGUCGACAGUUUCCGAUCUUGCGUAGCCUGUUAAAUGCACUGGCCGAUAGCGCUGAUGAUGGUGUUUACAGCAGGGCACUCGGCCCAUUUGCCACCGCUCCGAAUUUCACACCACAGCUUCUGGAUGAAAUGACUGGUUUGCGAAUGCUGCUGGAUACUUCCGGAUGCACUUCAGUAUUAUUAGAUGACACUCACAAUCAGGAUAAAUCACUGGUCGAGCGGCUCGAGCAGAUGGAAACCAGCAUAAACCAACUAAGGCAGCAGGUUCACAACAACUCAACUCCACGUAGACCUCAAUACCGAAAUACCCUAGCAGGGCGCACGACUCCAAGCACUCCGCAGACUGCUGGAACGUCACAAAAUCCAGCCCAUCGAACAACCAACUCCCAUCGUUUUCCCGUGUUGCAAAACUUUUUAGAAAUCCUUUCGGAGCUCAGUGAUAAAACACUGUACGCUGAAGGUCACAAACUUCCGACCACUGAUGAUUCAAACCACAAUCAACAACUGUUGCAGGAGAACGACACGAUUGUCGGCCUGACGGCGGACAAUAUGUCCGACUCGCAAAACGAUACCCUCAACGAUCGACUCGACCGGAUCGAGGCUAGCGUCGAUACGAUGCUGAAACAGUUCGAUCAACUGCUAAGACGAACGGAAACGGAUGGCAAUAGAGGUGAACCAGCACCGGAGGCGGAGGAGAAUGUUGAACCGGGGAAAGUCCAAUUGAGAAAGAAUGACGGAAUGUAAAUAAAAUCUGGUGGGUACAAUUUGAAUUGAUAUUAUAAUUGUAUAUCAAAUCAAUCUUUGUAACAGAGUAGAGGAAACUGCGUGCUGAA